UGGAUUUAUUUAUGGUGGUUCGUGUCACUUGCAGGGACCGGGGUUUGGAUUUAUUUAUGGUGGUUCCUGUCACUUGCAGGGAAGGACAGCAGGUCCAUAUUAGGACCAUGGAUGAUGACUUCAGUGGUUCUCUUACACCUCCUAUCUCUCCGUACAUAUCUCAACCAGUCGAGACCGACAUUGGAUGUAUGAGGCCUCCAUGUUUCACAUGCACCACAGAUAUACGCGAUGCUGAGAAGCCUUUUUCAAUUGACUCUUAUCUUGCAAGUGGAUCUCUGAAGCGACUUUUUUUGCGACUUGAUCCUUCCCCAGUGGAUUAUGAAUCAGAAACAGUGGAACUUUUUGGCUUCCAGUGGGUGACUGAAACUGCAUUGGUUGAAUCAACACGUCUUCUGUUUGGAUUUCUCAGGCAGUUAAUUCACAAAUUAGAAUCCAUGGUGAAGGCAAGCUCCUCCUUUGACUUUGGUCACGCUGCUAAUAAGCAUAUGGAAGCAGAAGAUAUUAGGAAGCAGUGCACUGCCUUCUUGCAGUAUGUAAAGGUGUUUGUUUACAGGUAUCUGGAACCUCCCAGAAUGGUGAGAGAUGAGCAGUCAGUUCACCCGUAUGAAGAGCUGGAGGCCCAGUUGCCUUCAACAAUUGUGCAAGAGCUUCACACUCUGACUUUGUACCUGGGACACCUGAGUGAACUCCCCAGCAAUAUCCUUAAUGCACUGACCACUGAAACUCAAGGAAAAAUUCUUCCCCCAGCCUGGCAUCUGCUGCAUCUUUAUCUAGAUGUUCAUUGGUCAAUCUUAGAAAUUCUGCAUCUACUGGGAGACAAAAUGACAGGUCAAAUUGUUUAUGCCCACCAGUUUAUGAAUCUGACUGGAGAAAACAUCACCAAUGUCAGCCUGUUUGAAAGCCAUUGCACCAACCUGAUAUGGGAUCUCAUAAAUUUAGCAAUUCAGAAGUAUGGAAAGGUAAGACCAUCCGAAGCUUUGACAUCAUCCCCUUUUCACUGUACUUGCAUCAAGGAAUUGUGGGUCCUGCUCAUUCAGAUACUGGAUCAGAGGAACAGGAUGUCUUAUACUGAACUGUUCUGGAGCUGGAUCAGUAAACUGCUGAAGUUUGUAGUUGUCAGUUCUACCGAGACAGAUGGAAUACAACUCUGUAAUAUCUCCCACUGUAAGGAACCAUUGGGCUUUAGCUGGUGGAUUAUAACUCAUAUAGCAAUGCUGUACAAGUUUGGGCGCAAUGGAACCAUAGAGGAAGAGUCUGUCAUUUUGGAAGAACAGCUAAGAAUGCACGUGCACUGCUGUCUGGCUCUGUCUGAUUUGUGGAAUUCUAACCUGACAACCGUCACCCAGCUUUGGGAAUAUUACAGCAAGCACCUGAAUAGCUCUUUUAAUAUUCCAUGGCUGGGUUUAAAGGGCUUAAUGGCUAUUAGAAAAACACCAUUCUCGAUGCUAGAGCUGGUAAAGAACUGCUGCAGCAAUGAACAGUACCUCGACUUGUACAACACAGGCACAAGCUUUCAGAUUUUCCUACAUAUUUUGGCUCUGCAGAUAAAGAAAGCAAAAGGGACCCAUGGAGCUCACCCCUGGAAACAGAUAAAAGGAAGGGUAUACUCCAAGUUCCAUCAACGGAAAAUGCAGGAGCUGACAGAAACAGGACUUCAGAACUUCUUAAAUCUGUUUCUUGUCUUGGCAGAUGUUGCUGAGAUAGAAGAUGUUGUCAGUCGUGUCUCUGAACUUUUAAAUCUGCUGAGUCCUUCAGCCAUCUCCCCUGAUCAGAAAUCUCUGAUAUGGCGGGGGUAUUUUGCUUUUCUUCUUAUGUAUGUAGAAAAGAACCUAGAUAUUGGUGUUCUUGCUGAAAACCUGUCUAAAGAAUUCCAGGAAAUAGCCAAGGAGUUCUUGGUUACAAAGAAUGACUUGUCGCGCAAGGUUACACUUUGGAAAUUACUCUCUGUGUACAUUGAUGGAGUCCAGGAAGUAUUUGAAACAAGCUGCUACCUUCAUCUUUCUGAGGAAAAGCUGUUAAAUGAUGGCUUCAGUUUGUUGUUACCUGCAUGCCGAGAAUCAGAACUUAACUUUGUGUUGAGUUUUCUGCAGACUGUUUUGGCUAGGUUACGGAAUGUACACAAGCGUUCAACUAUCUCUCCUUUUCAAGGACAUAACAUUACUGUUCAGACGUCUCCAUCUCUAUUUCUUACAAAAGAGCGCCACCUAGCGAUCGCCAGUGCCCUCUGGAAAAAUUUCUUUGUGCACCUGAAGCGCUUAAGAUUGGCACAGACCCCUCCUCCUCCCCAGCUUGCUGAUACUGCUGCAGGUUUUACAUUGCUGGCCCUCGAUGUGCCCAGUACAGCAUCAUUGGACCUUCAGCCACAGCCCGUUCUGUCAAUGUUGCAGCUCUUUGGUUGGGAUGAUAUGGUUCACCCUGCUUUAGUAUCAAGAUUUCUCAGCCAUCUUAUUCAACACAGUCCUUUGGUUGAGGCUGUUUCUACAGUGGGAAGUACUUCUUAUCAGGCUUGCUGUGUACGUUCUUGGCUUCGUUGUGUUUUGCAGAUGCAUAUCAGUCAAACCACUGGUUCGUCGGAAAAUGCAGAUGUAGGCCGAAUGUCUGCAGGAAGAGUGAACACGGAGCAGCUGGUGGAACUGACUCGACUGAUAUUUAAAUUCCCAGAGGUGGAACAAAUUCUUCUUAAAGCCCAGCAUGAUACUGCAUCUCUCAAGCAAGAUCCCAAGGGUGCCCUUUUUCAGUUUCUCAAGACCUUUGGAAUGGCUUUCAGUGGCUUACAGACCUUAGCCGAUAAAUCAAGCACGAUAUCUAGGGGACUGGAAUAUAUAGGUGACAUUGUAAAAUAUGUGAAGCCAUACAUGGUAAAUAAGGGUCCUGCAGAAGGUCUGCAGUUGGCAUACCGGACUGUAGGCUGUAUAAUGAAGUACUGGGCACCAAUUCUGGCUACAUCAAAAGCCCAACCACUGCUGCUGCGCAUAAUUGACUGCCUACUGUUACCGAAUUUUGUGUACCAACAAGAUAAAGAGCUGCAUCCAGCUAUGCUCUCUGCUAUGCGCGAGAGCCUCCCAUUGUAUCUGCAGGGCUUGUCAGUUAUCUCCUCAAUGUCUCAUACCCAAAGUUUCUACCUGAAGCAGCAGCUCCAAAAAGUGAUUCUGCAGUAUUUUAUCCGCUUUCUUCCAGCAGCUCCAUCUGGUUCAGGAGUUGUGAAUCACCCAGUUCUAACGGCUGUAUGCGAGCCUGCUAGUGCUGCAUCGCAGCUUAGGAAAACAGUGCUGCAGGUCAUAAAGGAUAAUUGCUUACAGUUCAAAGGUCAUGCUCCUCCACCUCGGCUAGCUUCAGUUUUGGCCUUUCUUUUUGAAGUCUUACGAAAGUCAAACAGUACUGAUGUAGCAACUGAUGCCAUGUUUCUCCUCCCAGCUGUGCUCAAAUGCAUCGUGCUUGUCAAUGAGUCACAAGUGAAAAAAAUCAGCACCGAUAUCCUACAGUACUCGAUAGAGAGCUGCCCGUCAACGGCAGAGGAACCUCAUACUCAGCUUGCUUCAGUAUUAAGCCUCUUUAUACAGGAGUACAUGGGCACAUACAGUCAGCAGGUUUUUAAUGUCUUAGAGAUGGUGAUGGUCCUUAGCCAGCCUCUGGUUGUCAGCUUAAUUCCUGCAGUUACUAAGUCCCUGAAGGAAUCUGAGCACAAGCAAGGCCUUGGUCGAAACUCUGCAAAAAGGGAUGCUUACAAAAGACUACUGUCACAUCUAGGAGAGAAAGGACAACAAGAAAUUUUAGAAUUAAAUGAUGACAGCUGUUAAUUGAAGUUGCACUCUAUUCUCAUUUUUUUACUGUUUUACAUUUUUCCCUACUUCUGAAAAACUGUUGUACAGAUAUUAUUUAAGGAUCACAGUAAAGUAAAGUUGGACUCUUAAUGAA